UCCUCUCGGCUUGCCAACCACCUUGCACUUCUCUCAUCCAUCGUGCUAUUCACACUUCGUUCUCCCCGGUACCCAAGAUCGCUGUUCUAUACUCUGUCUCUAGCUCAUCCUGACAUUCAAGAUUGUUGAUCCCGUUUCUUUUUCGUUUCCGCUUCAAGUGUAACGCAUAUUCAUUUCCACCGUGUAUAUCCUUCCUGUGUAACAGCAUUCAAUGGUUUCAACGGACGACAGUUCGAACCCCCAUGCCCCGGCCCACACGCACCCUGCCACCCCUCUGAAACGCUGUCCUCCACGGGAAGAUGGCCGGCAUGCUCCCCUCUUCGAGCUGACUUGUGCCCUCUGCCAGAAAUACAACAGAGAUAACGAAAUUGAAGACUUGAACGAGGCGAUCACUUUCCACCGCGCAGUUUUAGAACUCCAACCAGUCGAAAACGACAUGUAUCAUCAGUCCACCUCAUUACACCACCUCGCUCCCUGCCUUUCAUAUAGAUAUGACGAGCAAGGGGAAGUCGACGACUUAGAAGAAGCUAUCACGCUUACACGUGCAGCGCUGGAGCUGUGUCCACUUGGGCACCUCAAUCGUGGUGUAUAUCUCUGCAAUCUCGCUGGCAACCUCAGGAGGAGGUUCACGACGAAGGCUGUGAUUCACGACUUGGAGGAAUCGAUUGAACUGCUCCGUUCAGCUCUGGAACUGUGUCCCCCUGGACAUCCUGAUCGGUCCUUGACGCUCCAUGGGCUUGCUCUGUGUCUGUCGAAUAGAUAUGACAAGCUUGGGACAGUCGACGACUUGGAAGUAGCUAUCUCGUGUGGACGUGCAGCACUAGUCCUCCAUCCGCCAGGGCAUUCCGAUCGUGAUGGAUCUCUUCACAAUCUCGCUUGUGACCUAAGGAAGAGGCUCGUGAAGCAGGCUACAAUACACGACUUGGAGGAAGCGAUUGCGUUGCACCGCGCAGCUUUGGAACUACGUCCCUCUGGGCAUCCGUGUCGGUCUUCAUCACUCCGUGAACUUGCUCUCUGUCUAUCGAAUAGGCGUGACAAACGAGGGUUAGUCGAUGACUUGGAAGAAGCCAUCACACUCGGGCGUGCAGCACUAGAGCUCUGUCCACCUGGGCAUUCCGGUCGUGGCACAGUUCUUUACAACCUUGCUUGCGACGUCUGGAAGAGGUUUCAGGGACAGGCUGACAUGCCCGGCUGGAUUUUGGUGGCGCGUCCGAAGAGGAGAACUGAUUUCGCCUCGUCACUCCUUGAGCUCUCGCUACACCUCUGGGACAGGUUUCAGAAGCAGUCCACGAUGUCCGAUUUGAACAAUGCUAUUUGUCUUGCGACAUAUGCUUUAGAGCUUCGAUUACUACCUGAGGAUAUUUCCGUUAGGGGAUGGGUUCAGAGGCUGGUCCAGGGGACAAACUCAGACGAACUGGUCGAGCUUGGUCGAGCGGCAGACGAUCUAUGUGUCCUUGCGAAUUACCUUAGGGCCAGAUUCCAAAUUCAGCAUGCAAUCGUCGACCUCAAUGAAGCCAUCACAUUAUACAAGUGUGUACUCCAACUCCGUCCGACUGGGCAUCCCAGUCGCGCUUCGUCCCUCCACGACCUUGCACAAUGUCUAGUGGAACGGUUUCGUCAACAAUCCACCCCAGCUGAUCUGGAAGAGGCUAUUGCGCUUCAACAAGAAGUCCUGCAGCUACUCAUAUCGGAAGACCCAAGUUACGCCACGUCUCAGCGCUGUCUUAUGGCUUAUCUCCAAAUGAAAAUCAGGCUACAAGUUGCUAAGGCGUCCCCCAAUUCCUCACUUGUCUCCCAUUUUGACAUUAAGGAAGUCAUCCGUAAUAUCGCAUUGGAGACUCUCGGAACCUCGCCGCCCAGGUUGCUGCACACACCUACUGGCAUCCUAUGCAACCGGGACGCACAGAUAUCACAUUUUAUGACCAGUCAGCAAUACAAUCACCUACUGUCUUCGUACGCAAUGUGCGACCCGGACCAGCGAAUGAAACUCAUCCAUACCGAAGUCUCGAGAUACUUUAAGUAUGUCACGUUCUCUCACCGCUGGGGUGAACGCGAGCCAUUAAUACACGACGUCGAGGGCCGGCCGAUAUAUGCUAUGUCAACAGAUGGGGGCUUUGGAAAGCUCCAAGCGUUCUGUCUUGUUGCCUGCGAGUGGGAUUACUUGUGGGCAUGGAGCGACACGUGCUGUAUAGAUAAAAAUAGCAGUGCCGAGUUACAAGAAGCUAUAGGAUCAAUGUUCGCAUGGUAUCGACGGUCUUCCCUGACUAUCGUGUAUCUUUCCGACGUUCCCGAUGCAGGUUCGUUCGAGGGCAGCGAGUGGUUCAGACGUGGGUGGACCCUCCAAGAACUACUGGCUCCUCGCCGCAUAUUAUUCUACACCCGAAUCUGGUCACUUUACAAGAACCUCACAUCUUCGAACCAUAAAGCCGAUGCUGCUGUGCUGGAAGAGCUAGAGAGGGCAACGGGAAUAGAGUCCCGGUUUCUUACCAACUUUUUUCCAGGUAUGGAUGACGCACGUUCCAGACUCCAAUGGGCGUCACUACGUUGUACUACUCGGCCUGAAGAUGUUGCUUAUUCGCUCUUUGGGAUCUUCAACCUUCACCUGCCCGUUCUUUAUGGCGAAAGUGCCGAGAACGCGCUUGGCCGUCUCUUGGCCGAAAUCAUAUCACAGUCCGGAGACAUCUCGGUUUUGGAUUGGGUCGGAGAGCCAUCACCAUUUCAUAGCUGUUUCCCUGCCCAGAUCACCUCGUAUCAAAAGGUGCCAUUGCCUCCACCCCGCUCAAGCGCAGAAGAGCAGUCAUCGACGAGUCAGCAGUCUACGUCGUUCAAAGCAAUGCAAAAAUUGCGUCGCUCACUUGCCACGUCUCUCCGCCCUCAUUUUCUCACUCGUUCCGUGUCCGGCUUCUAUACCCUUCCCAGCGCACCCUUCCCACGAUUUACCAAUGGCUGCCUUAUAUUAUCAUGUAUCGCUCACCGUGUUACAGCUGUUCAGCUGAAAGUGGCAGAUCCAUCCGCACCGAGUUACACGUACAAGAUCCAGGCAUUCGGCCUCAAGCCACUUGAGAUUGCACUUCCAGACAAGCUGGAAAAUGCAACGGGGUCGCAAGGUUCUCUGCAGGUUGUUCGCCCUUGGCACCCAAAGUCGCUUGUUCCCACCGCGCUAGAUCUUGCCGUGAAUGAAGAGAAGCUGCUUUCUACACUUGGGCGGCCAUUUAAUGCUCUUCUGUUGUCUCGACUACCUUUCAACGAGCACAAAAGGAUCGCGUCUUCUAUUCUCAUUACCGCUCAGCCUAUAGACCGGGCUAGCAUUUUGAGAAGCAAAGUUGAGAUAUUCAAUAUCGUGUAGAUAGCCAUCGCGUUAUUAUAUCCCACGUCGCGAACACUAGUCUGGAAAAUAUUUGCAUUGAUUCUGUUAGUGAGGAAAGGGCGGACGGGUCGAUUAGCUCCCUCGAAGAUGCUUUCUAUGAAAGUGCCAGACUCCUAUGUAUUGUAUGCAGAUCUCUUGAAACCUUAUGUAAAUAUCUUCCUAACGUUGUCUACCGCUGGGGCGAAUCUUGAG